UGAGGCGAGGGGAAGCCUCUUCCCCCAGUGCAGCCUCUGCGGCCGGCGUUGCCUCUCCAGCUGUUCGUAGGCCUGGGAGAGGGGUGAGGGUCCGCGGAGGGUAGAGCCAACCGCGGCCGGGCCUAGCCCGCCCGCCCCCCGCCGCCCCAACCCUCCGGCCAGAAGCGGCCGUGGGGCGGGCGCCUCCGGGGCAGUUGCCCCUGCUUCUGACAGGCACUGUGCUCACAGCCCCGCUGUCCGCCACGUCCCCGGACUCGGCCGACGGCGCCGCGCGGCGGGUGACCUCUCCGGGCCCGGCGAGAUGACGGAUCCCUGCUCCCGGCCGGCCCGGCUUCCUCCACGCCGCCGGCCCCGGCUCGUGCGGUUCCCGCCGCCGCUGCCCUUGCUGCUGCUGCUGCAGCUGCUGCUGCUGCUGGCGGCCGUGGGGCCGGCGCGCGGCUGGGAGAGCGGAGACCUGGAGUUGUUUGACUUGGUGGAGGAGGUGCAGCUCAACUUCUACCAGUUCCUCGGGGUGCAGCAGGAUGCUUCAUCUGCAGACAUUAGAAAGGCGUAUCGUAAGCUUUCACUAACUUUGCAUCCAGACAAGAAUAAAGAUGAAAAUGCAGAAACUCAGUUUAGACAAUUGGUGGCCAUUUAUGAAGUUUUAAAGGAUGAUGAACGAAGGCAGAGGUAUGAUGAUAUUCUGAUCAAUGGACUUCCAGAUUGGCGACAGCCUGUGUUCUACUACAGGCGGGUGAGAAAAAUGAGCAAUGCUGAGCUGGCAUUACUUUUGUUCAUUAUUCUCACAGUGGGUCAUUAUGCUGUGGUUUGGUCAAUCUACCUGGAAAAACAACUGGAUGAACUGCUUAGUAGAAAAAGGAGAGAAAAGAAAAAAAAGACAGGCGGCAAGACUGUGGAUGUAUCAAAACUUGGUGCUCCGGAAAAAAAUGAAAGAUUACUGAUGAAACCACAAUGGCAUGAUUUGCUCCCGUGCAAGCUGGGAAUUUGGUUUUGCCUUACACUAAAAGCAUUGCCUCAUCUAAUCCAGGAUGCUGGUCAGUUUUAUACCAAAUAUAAAGAAACAAGAUUGAAGGAAAAGGAAGAUGCAUUGACUAGAGCUGAACUUGAAACACUUCAAAAGCAGAAGAAAGUCAAAGUAAAAAAACCAAAACCUGAAUUUCCUACAUAUACACCCUUAGAAAGUGCAUAUAUUCAGUCUUACGAUCAUGGAACUUCUAUAGAAGAAAUUGAGGAGCAAAUGGACGAUUGGCUGGAAAACAGGAACAGAACACAGAAAAAACAAGCACCUGAAUGGACGGAAGAGGACCUCAGCCAGCUGACAAGAAGUAUGGUUAAGUUCCCAGGAGGGACCCCAGGUCGAUGGGAAAAGAUUGCCCACGAAUUGGGUCGAUCGGUGACAGAUGUGACAACCAAAGCCAAGCAGCUGAAGGAUUCAGUUACCUGCUCCCCAGGAAUGGUCAGACUCUCUGAACUGAGGGCAACAGCCCAGAACUCCAGGCCCAGCAGGCCCGCUGCCACCUUGCCGGAUGACAUCAUCACCCGGAGAGAAGAGGGCGAGCAGGCGGAGGAGGAGGGCGCGGAGGAGGAGGGCGAGGAGGAGCGGGAGGUGGAGGCCGCGGGCGCGGACAGCCGGCCCCGGAGGCGGAGGCCAGCGCGGCUCCCGGAGGCGGCCACAAAGGCGGAACCGGAGGAGAAGGUCCGAGGCAAGAGGCAGAAGGACUUCGACCUGUCAGAACAGAACGAGUCCAGUGACGAGGAGAGCCCGAAGAGGGAGCGAGCGCGGGCUGCAGAGGAGCCCUGGACUCAGAACCAGCAGAAACUUCUGGAACUAGCAUUGCAGCAGUACCCAAAGGGAUCCUCUGACCGCUGGGACAAGAUAGCCAAGUGUGUCCCGUCCAAGAGUAAGGAAGACUGUAUUGCUAGAUACAAGCUGCUGGUUGAACUGGUCCAAAAGAAAAAACAAGCUAAAAGCUGAAUCCUCUGGAAGAUGAUGUUUACCUUUAUUUUCCAAAAUGAUUAUUUUAAAAAUCUUAUGCAGAAAUUUGCAUUUUGUACCUCAGUAUUUCUAUAUGUCAUGUGCCUUAGUAAAAAAAAAAUUAAAUUUAAAAUAAAUGUUGUGCUACAUUGUUUAAACAAA